CUUUAGAAUUUGUACACAUAACUGUGGCGGGAGAUGGUGGACUACAACAGGGAGGGUGAAUAUCGUUGUUUUCAUGUUGAGAACAGUGUCAGAAUAAAGGACUAGUGGAAAAGGUAGCAGCGACGGCUAACGGCUUCGCUUGGAUAACAGGUGACGAUGGAUGAAUUCGGAGUUUUUGCAGUAUUUGGUGUCAACGGUCCGCCUCAACGGCUGCUGAGUGCUGAUGGUUCGUCUCGAGUCGCUGUUGCAGUUCCCGCAAGUGUCCGCCAGGUGGUGCUGUUUAGUAGUGGACUGUGGGGGGACAGGGUCUGCGUCAACGCAGAGCUCAACGACGCUGACAGGAUGCCCAUAACUAUUGGAAAGCUCACUCCUUACAACAAGUGUCUGUCAUGGGAGCAGUGGGAAGAGGAGACGUGGACGGGCAGUGUUAUACUAAAUGUCACCCUGGAAGGAGGAAACCUGGCAAAAUCCAGUUUUUGUGAACCAGAGCUCAUCUUGGCUGUGACAGAAUACACACCAAAGGACACUGUAGCUCCUCUCGGUGUACGUGAGCUCAAUGGUAAGAGGAAGAGAGAGCGUCUUUCAGAGGAAGAGGGUGACGAGAAUAAGAUCAAGAAAGGGGACGAGGAAAAUGUGUGCCUAAAUGGCAGCAUGGCAGAGAAGACCACACCUGUGCGAAAAGGAAAAAGUCAAAUCAAAGGGGGGCAGAAGCUGUUCAGUAAUGGAGGAGAUGCAAAAAAGAUCAAGGAAACAGGAGGGGUGCAGGGGACUGUAGGAAGAACGCCUCCUCAGAGUUCAGCUAGGACAAAGAGUAGGCAGGCAAAGACUCCCACACAGCCUGCCCCAUUGGUCAGCCCAUCAGGUCGCUGGGGUCAGACUCUUUGUCCGAUUGAUGCUCAAACGGCUAUUCUGAUUGGAGGACAGGGAGCCAGGAUGCAGUUCUGCAAAGAUCCCAUGUGGAAGCUCUGCACAGAGGACAUGUCCUGGGUUGCAGCUGAGACUUUGGCAGAGGGUCCAACACCAGAGGCAAGAAUUGGACACACAGCCAUCUACGACCCAGACUCGAGGCGUAUCUUUGUGUUUGGAGGCUCCAAGAACAAGAAAUGGUUCAAUGACGUACACAUUCUGGACACAGAGAGCUGGAAGUGGACCAUGGUGGAGGCUCAAGGUAAAGUUCCUCCUCUGGCGUACCACAGUUGCAGUAUGUUUCGAGGUGAGCUGUUUGUCCUUGGAGGGGUGUUUCCCCGCCCAAACCCAGAGCCUGAUGGCUGUAGUGACUCUCUGUACAUCUUUGACCCCAACCUGUCCAUCUGGUACCAGCCUAUUGUAACUGGAGAGGCACCCUCCCCUCGCUCCGGUCACUCUGCGUGCGUGAUGCAGGGAAGGAAGAUCUACGUGUUUGGUGGAUGGGACACUCCUGUCUGCUACAAUGACAUGUACAUGUUAGACCUCGGUCUGAUGGAAUUUUCUGCUGUUGAAACGACCGGGAAGCCCCCUUCUCCUCGAAGUUGGCAUGGGAGUGCUGUGCUCUCAGACACAAAGUUCCUGAUCCAUGGAGGUUAUAAUGGAAACAACGCUCUCAGUGAUGCUUUCAUCUUUGAUAUAGACACCAACAGCUGGACAGAAAUGACGCUCCCUCAGCUCGCUGUCCCCAGGGCGGGGCACUCCAUCAUCACCAUGGUGACAUCCAGUCACCACCGUUUCUCAGAGGAGGAUGAAGACAGAGUGCAGAGUGCAGUAUCUGCUGGCAGAACUUUGCUGGUGUUUGGAGGUGGAGACAACGAGGGCAACUUCUACUCCGACCUGACGACAGUAGCUGUGGAGGAACUGCUCCAUGCUAUUUAAAGACAGUGAGUCAGAGGUGAAUCCUCACUCUGUCAGCAUGUGAAGCUAUUUUAACACCCCCACAGACUCUUUUAUUUAUAUUCUGUGAGUUUCUUAGACUUUUUGCAUUGUGUUUUUGCUUUGGCAAUAGGGGCAUGUAGCUUGUACUAUUUGGGAAUUUUUGAACAUAAACAUCACAAGUGCAGCUACCAUUUUAAUGCACUGCAUUUAAGAGUUUUGUGUGUUUUUUCUGUAAAAACUAAAGAAAUGCUUUCAAACAGUGCAUAUCAUUAAGAUUAAAUAUAAUUGUUUGAAACAUAGGAUAUUUUAGUCUUUGUUUUUGUGUACAUAGUUUGAAGCCUUUGAAAAGUUUCCACAGGUUAAAUGAAUAUUCUUUUCUUACUUUGGAGUUUCUUUAACCUUCAUACAUGCAACAACUUAUCCUCCAUGCAAGUGUAUCAUCUGAGUUUGGUUGUGCUCAGAAUCAUGGAUUUUUUGUUUGUUUGUUUUGGUCCUCAUCUCCAUGUGCUGUAAAUAAAAUUUCAA